AUGGCACUUAGAGUCGGAUACAUUCCAGAACAUUUCUCCACGCCCAUUGCGUUGGCAAAGAAGCACGGUUUCUAUGAGAAGCACGGUUUGAAGAACUACGAGCUGGUGCCUUAUCCGAGCGGGUCGGGCCAUCUGAUCACGUCGCUGAAGAAGGACGAGGUCGACAUUGUGGUUGGACUCACGGAGGCGUUUGUGCGGGGGAUUGCGAACGGGGACGAGGAGUACCGGAUUGUCGGCGAGUACGUCGAGUCUCCGCUUUGUUGGUCUGUCUCGACGGGCAGCGGGCGGGACGACCUGCAGAGCAUCGAGGACCUCAAGCAGGAGGGCAACAACCGCGUCGGGGUGUCUCGCAUUGGCUCGGGCUCGUACGUGAUGGCCUUUGUGCUUGGCAUGCAGGAGAAGUUUGGCCGCCCGUUCACGUUCGAGGUGCUCCAGAACUUCAAGAACCUCCGUGACAGCGUGAACGCAGGCACGACCGACGCGUUCAUGUGGGAGUACUUCACCACCAAGAAGUACUACGACAGCGGCGAGAUCAAGAAGAUCGGCGAGAUCUACACGCCCUGGUCCUCCUGGGUCAUCACGGCUGCCGCCAAGACCGCUCCGGCCGACGUCGCCGCCUUCCUCCGUGGCACCCAGGACGGCAUCGACUACUACAACCGCCACCGCGAGGAGGCCCUUGAGUACAUCCUCGCCAACCUCGACUACAACAACCGCCACGACCUCGAGGAGUGGGCCGCCAGGGUCCGCUUUAGCACCGACGUCUCCCACGUCCAGUGGGAGAAGAACAUUGUCGAGACCGCCCGCAUCCUCGACAAAGCAGGCGUCCUUGAAGCCCCCGACCUUGCCGAGGCUGUUCAGUGUCUAGAGAAGCACCGUGUGUAG